AUGGCACAGGGAUUCUAUCAACCCUUCUGUCCAGAAUUCUUCGCAAGAUCAAGUCUCAAUGGACUGAUGGAGGGAGGGUACUUCAUUGAAAUUGAUUCCAAAGAACAACCAAAGAUAAGUGACAUGAAAGAUGCGAUACUCGCCAAACUUGUAGCUGUGUUUUGUUUAGACUUGAGAUGUUUCGACCUCGAAAGUGAGCAACGUGAUGCAUUGUCUCCUAGAGGAGUUUUGGAAGCCAGUUUACAGAGUUCGGAAUUCGAUCACGAGUCUUCACAUGACAGUUACCCCGAAUCAGAGGUUCAAUGUUCACAAUCACUUUCUCACUGGAAAAAGUUCUUCAAAUCAUGGAAGAAACGCUCGUUUAGACGUCUAGCCUCUUUUCCGCCCCUUGGGGUGCUGAAGAUAUCAAGAAGAGGGAACAGAAGCGAGCAAGAUAACCCGGGGCUAAGCGACUUGUACAAGUUCAAGUCCUCGUUGGGAAACUUCACGUUCUCGGAGCUUCAAACUGCCACUAACAAAUUUAGCCAGGCGAAUUUGAUCGGAAAAGGUGGUUACGCCGAGGUUUACAAGGGUCGUUUACAAAACGGGCAGCUGAUAGCAGUGAAGAAGCUGAAUAGAGGAGCGCCUGAUGAGAGAACUGCUUGUUUCUUAUCCGAGCUUGGUAUCAUAGCUCAUAUCGAUCAUCCGAACACUGCUAAACUGAUCGGUUGUUGCAUCGACCGAGGCAUGCACCUCGUUUUCAAAUUAUCUCCAAAUGGAAGUUUAGGAUCUUUUCUCCAUGGUCCGAACGCGAGCAAACUUGAUUGGCGUAAACGAUACAAGAUUGCUCUUGGUACGGCCGACGGUCUGCUGUAUCUCCAUGAUUAUUGUCAGAGGCGUAUCAUUCAUCGAGAUAUCAAGGCCGAUAACAUUCUACUUACAGAAGAUUUCGAACCUCAGAUUUGUGAUUUCGGCCUUGCAAAAUGGCUACCCAAACAGUGGACUCACUACAGCGUGUCGAAAUUCGAAGGCACAUUUGGAUACUUCGCUCCUGAAUAUUUCAUGCAUGGGAUCGUUGACGAGAAAACUGACGUUUACUCGUUCGGAGUUCUACUUCUAGAGCUCCUAACUGGUCGUCGAGCUUUAGACGAACUGUGUCAAAGCCUCGUCCUUUGGGCAAAGCCUCUCCUAGAUACCAACAAUCCUGAGGAGGUCAUUGAUCCCGCUCUCAUUAAAAGCUACGACCUCGAAGAGGUCGAACGUGUGAUUUUGACUGCGUCUCUAUGCAUUGAGCAGUCUCCUAUUCUCCGACCUCGAAUGAGUCAGGUUGUCAUCCUGCUACGAGGUGACAAAUACGUAGCGGAGUGUGAAAAGAACACGAGGGUGUCGCUGCAACGAACGUACUCGGAAGAGCUGUUGGACGCUCAAGAAUACAACAAGACGAGGUACCUAAGCGAUCUUAAGAAACACAGGCAGCUUGCUUUGGGGUGUUGAAAGUGAAGUUGUAAGUAUUCACCUAAAGAAAGAAG